AUGGCUUCUCAUCAACCAGGCAAGUGUUGCUUCGAAGGCAUUUAUCAUGAAGGGACUCCCGAGGGACGUCAUGAACAAAUCUUUGGUUUGGAUACGUACGUGACAGGGUCUAUAUCACCUCAGGAAAAAGUUAUCGUUGUCAUGACAGAUGUGUAUGGUAACAGGUUCAAUAACAUAUUGCUGACUGCGGAUCAGUUUGCUAACGCUGGAUACAAGGUCUUUAUCCCCGAUAUUUUAUUCGGUGAUUCUAUUCCGCUGGACAAAACAAUUGAUCGUAAAGCCUGGAAGGAAAAACAUUCACCCGAGGUUACGAAAAAAAUAAUUGACGGAUUCUUUAAGUCGUUGAAGGAUACGUAUGACCCGAAGUUUAUUGGUGUUGUUGGGUACUGUUUUGGUGCAAAAUUUGCCGUUCAACACAUCAAUUCUGACAGAGGUCUUGCCAAUGCUGCAGCUAUUGCACAUCCUUCGUUUGUUAGCAUCGAAGAAAUUGAGGCUAUUGGUAGUGGGAAGCCAUUAUUGAUUUCGGCAGCCGAAGAAGAUGCGAUUUUCCCAGCCAAUUUGAGACACUUGACUGAAGAAAAAUUGAAGGAAAUCCAUGCUAUCUAUCAAAUAGACCUCUUUAGUGGUGUUUCCCACGGAUUUGCUGCAAGAGGCGAUACCGCCAAGCCUGCUGUGAAAUAUGCCAAAGAGAAGGCCUUGCUUGAUCAAAUCUACUGGUUCAAUCAUUUUUCAAAGGCUUAA